CUUAUCACGUCAAUACCGACUUCUAUUAUCUGCUUUAGAAAUCAACUAACAACAGCAACUUGGAGGCGGUCGCUUCGUCUCUUACUUUAUCACUUACUUUUUUGUAUUAAUACUUCCUAUUCUUUUGCCCUCACGUGGAGUUUGGAUACUUUUAUCAAACUAUCAUUUCUUAGUCACGACUUACAGUGACAAAGUUGUUGAGACGACUAGUCAUGAAGGGCGCGUACUGAUUUCUAAUACCAAAGAACACAUCCUUACCACCAAGAUGAAACUCCCAUUCCUGUUACUGGCCUCCAGUAUUCAUUAUAUUUCGAUAUCAGCCAGUCCCAUAUUUGAGGAGUUCUUUUCUCCGAGCGUUGGUACCAGAGGAGCUGUUGCUUCAGAGGCUCAAGAAUGUAGCUACAUCGGGAGAGAUUUAUUAGCACGAGGUGGCAAUGCUGUCGAUGCCAUGAUCGGAACGACAUUCUGUGUUGGUGUUAUCGGCAUGUACCACUCCGGCAUUGGAGGUGGUGGUUUCAUGAUUGUGCGUGACAAGAAGGGCAACUACGAAGCAAUCGACUUCAGAGAAUCAGCCCCUGCAGCAGCAUUUGAGGACAUGUACCAAGGAAAUGUGAACGGCAGCAUCUACGGAGGACUCUCUGUUGGUGUGCCAGGCGAAGUUCGUGGGUUUGAGUACGCACACAAGAAAUACGGCAGUCUUCCAUGGAAAACAGUUUUACAAGGGGCUAUUAAGGUGGCUCAGGAUGGAUUCAUAGUCAAUGCCGACAUGGCAAGGUUUAUCGAAAAGACCAUCAGAGACCAUCACAACUUCUUUGUUGAGGAUCCCUCAUGGGCAGAAGAUUUUACUCGAAAUGGACAGCUUAUCCCUGAAGGAGAGAAGAUGACAAGACGACGAUACGCCCGUACACUUCAAGCUAUCGCAGAGCAUGGCGCUGAUGCCUUCUAUACCGGUGCUUUCGCUGAGAGCAUGGUUAAGACCAUCCAAGAAACAAACGGUACCAUCACACUGGAUGACUAUAAGAACUACGAUGUAAUUUCUCGAGAGGUUCUUCACACUGAGUACAAAGGCUAUGAUGUCUACGGCAUCAGCUCUCCAGCCGGUGGUGCCGUGUCACUCAAUAUCCUGAACACCAUGAACGGCUACACGCACCAAGACGAGGAUCGCAAUACAACACUGCACAUCUACAUUGAAGCCAUGAAAUUCGCAUACGGAGCUCGUCUGCAUCUUGGCGAUCCUGACUUUGUAGAUGGCGUUCCUGAGCUUGAACACGAGAUGCUCAAUGCCACAACGGCGGAGAAGAUCCGGCGCAAGAUCGAUCCUCGGAAGACCCAGAAGAUUGAGAAGUAUGAUCCCGAUGGAAUCUACUCAUCUGAUGGGCAUGGAACUUCACACGUCGUCACUGCAGAUGGCGAUGGUAUGGCUGUGUCGCUGACAACCACCGUCAACCUCAUCUUUGGAUCUUUCCUCAUGGAUCCCCUCACUGGUGUGAUUCUAAACAACGAAAUGAAUGACUUCUCUAUUCCAGGAGUUCCUAACGAGUUUGGCUUCGCCCCAGCAGAAGCGAACUUCAUUCGUCCAAACAAGCGCCCCCUGUCCUCAUGCACACCUCUCAUCGUAUCCAACAAAGACGGUUCUCUCUUCGCCGUCAUCGGAGCCGCAGGGGGCUCACGUAUUAUCUCCGCUACGACUCAAGUCGCUUGGCGUGUAUUGACAUCUCCAUCACGGCCUAUCAAGGAUGCUGUUCGUGAGCCCCGUGUUCACAACCAGCUCAUCCCGAAUACACUACUCGUGGAGAAGAAGUUCAGUUCAUACGAUGUUCCAUCGCUGGUAGAGCGAGGGCAUAAUAUCACUUGGGUCGAUGAGGGACUCAGUACAGUUCAAGCGUUGACGAGGGAUUCGGCUGGUGUUUUUGAGGUUGCGCCUGAGCCUAGACAGAAGAACAGUGGCGGUGUGACAUUGUAGACAGCACAGGAAGAGAUGGAAGCAUCCAUGGUUAUAUUCCUGAUUGAGCGAUCAACACUUCUAGAGGGACACAACAUACAAUAUAGAACAUUGACUAGAUCAUGCCCAAGCCUUGUGCUUGCUAUAUUAAUUUCUCUAAGCUGUCACUUCUCUCGCUAGAAUCUUAGAAAAGGGGUAUCCUUAGUCUAUCUCCAAAAAUUCUACGCUUUUUGUUUCGCAAGUGACA